GUUUUUCAAUUAUUUUCCGGCACUGUUUUGCUCUCUGUAAAUCAAUAAAAUAGGUGUGUUGAUUUUUAUGUUGCAGGAGGCUAACUUCUGUUAGCUUCCUCAUCAAUCUGCAACAAUGACCACCAUCGUCCAUGAUACUACAGAGGCAGUGUGCCUCUCCACUGAGUACAACCUGUACCUCAAGCCCAUUGCCAAAAUGACCGUCAGCGUGGCUUUGCCCCAGCUCAAGCUCCCAGGCAAGAGCAUCUCGAACUGGGAGGUAAUGGAGAGGGUAAAGGCCAUGGUAGCUCCAGAGCAGUUUUCAGCGCUGAGAAUCUCCAAGAGCACCAUGGACUUCAUCCGCUUUGAGGGAGAGGUGGAAAACAAGACGGUGGUCAAGAGCCUGCUGAGCCGUCUGGAUGGGAAGAGCAUCAAACUCAGUGGAUUUACUGAUGUACUGAAGGUCCGCGCAGUAGAGAAUAAGGUCGACUUCCCUACACGUCAUGACUGGGACUCAUUUUUCCGCGACGCCAAGGACAUGAAUGAGACACUGCCAGGAGAGAGACCUGACACUAUCCAUCUGGAGGGACUUCCUUGCCGAUGGUUCAGCCAGAAGGACAGCCAGUACCCGGACCGGCCCUCUGAAGAGGUCCUCAUUGCUGUUUUCCAGGCCUUUGGCAAGGUGCGAAAUGUUGACAUCCCCAUGUUGGACCCAUACAGAGAGGAAAUGCUGGACAAGAACUUCAGUACAUUCAGCUUUGGAGGCCAUCUGAACUUUGAGGCUUAUGUCCAGUACCAGGAAUAUUGUGGCUUCACCAAGGCCAUGGACACUAUGCGCGGCAUGAAGCUGAUGCUCAAAGGAGACGAUGGAAAGGCAGUGGCUUGCAACAUCAAGGUGACUUUUGACACGAGCAAGCACCUGAGUGAGUCAGCUCUGAAGAGGAGGAGCCUGGACAGGAUGAAGUUGCAGGAGCUGGAGAGGCAGAGAGAGGAGCAGAAACGACGGGAGAAGGAAGAGGAAGAGCGUCGUAAGGAGGAGGAGAGGAAGCAGAAGGAGCAGGAAGAGGAGGAGAAGGAGAGGAAGAAGGAGGAGAGGCUGCGGAAACGAGAGCAGAAGCUUCGGGAGAGAGAGCAAAGGAGGAACCUGAAGAGGGUGAGGCGACAGCAGGAGGAGGAGCAGAAGAAGCUGCAGAUGAAGAUUGCAAUGGAGGAGAGGAGGCUACUGCUGGCUCAGCGCAACCUGGAAUCUAUACGGCUCAUAGCUGAACUGCUGGCCAGGGCAAAGGUACAACAUGUACACGAAGAAGAAAUACACCUCCAUUUGGCCCUGAAGCAGCAACAACAGGAGAAAGAGAGGGCUCAACGCGAGGAACAGGAAAGGCAGGAGCAGGCACGACAGAAGGAGGAAUUAGCCCGGCUUCAGCAGCUGGAGGCGUGCCGACGCAAGCAGGAGGAGGAGCUCCGGAGGGUGGAGGUGGAGAAGGAGCGAGCGCUGGAGCUCCAGCGCCGAGAGAAAGAGCUAAGGGAAAGACUGCUUUGCAACCUGUUGAAGAAGAGCAACGGAAGAACAACAAAAUCUCCGGACACACAUAGCAGGGAGCGAGGGAGGGAGCAGGACCACUCCCACAGAGAGAGGAGUUCCCACAGCAGGGGGGGGGGGAGGCGCUCCCACAGCCACAGCAGGAGGAGAAGGAGCUCCAGCCGCCAUAGGAGGAGCUCCAGUCGUCACAAGAGGAGCUACAGUCACCAUGGCAGCAGGAGGCACAGCCAUAGCAGCAGAAGCACAAGCUCGAGUAGAGACAGGAGCAGGAGCAGCAGUGGGAAGAGCUACAGCAGGGGGAGGAGUAAUCGACAUAGUCACCGCAGAUACAGCAGAGGCAGCUCCAGGAGCAGCAAUAAAAGUAGAGACAGGAGGAGUCACAGCCAUAACAGUCGAAGAUACAGGAAACACAGCAACAGUAGAGACAGGAGCCAUUCCAGACGACGCUAAACUCAUCAGUAUAAUCAGUUUGUUAAUUCAUACGUUAAGAUAUUUUUGGUCCCUUAAUUGGCAUGGCACUGCAUAGUAAAAAAAGAAAUCUUAGCUAUUAAAAAAACAUAUAAAAGUCAAAUCAACUACAGAAUCAACUGAAACAACAGUUGCUAGUUGCUUUUACCUUUUUAUUGUUUUUGUUUUUUUUCACAUUUCAUAUUGUUGGAUCAAAGCUGCUGACAAUUCAGUGUGUUCAAAUAUUCAGCAUCUUUACACUUUGGCAUAAAAUGCCAAAUUUACCAUUUGGUUUCAUUAGAAUGUCAUUCUAUGUGUGAAAGAUACUGUAUCAUUCAUUAUUCAUUUGGAGGGAAGGACACUGAAACACAACUCUGAAAGUUAGAAUAACAAGAACAAACAUAAUUGGAUAUUACAAUUUGGUUCAGAUUUAGUGAUCACUGUAUACACUAAUCACUGAUAUUCAUUAUAUCGGCAGUUGAGAACACAGAUGAGCCUGUUGAUUACUUUUAUUUUCUCCAGUGUGUCAUUGUGCAUGAACAACAGUGAGCUAUAGAAAGUGGCAGGUGCUGAGAACAAAUUGCAUUAGUCAUUUUUGUUGUGGCACCAGCCUGUUCAUCCACAGCUGCAGCCUGACUUCAGACAGUAAAACACAGCAUCCUCUACUGACUUGUAAUCGAAUUAAAAUUUCAAUAACUUUUACAUCAAGCCUCCAACAAGCACCUGAACUCCCCCUCAUGGCUGCCAUAGUUGUAGAAGACUUUUAAGUGGACUAAUGGACUGUGAAGAAUGGCUGCUGCUCCGGUACAAAUGUGAAGUUUCCACAGACAAUAAGACUAUAAGUGUUUGGGCUGACUGGUAGACAUACUGGUCGUUGUCAUGUGUUAGCUGCCUGAAAUAUUUCUUGGAAUACUGCUUCAGUAUUGGCUGUGUUGCUGUUAAGCAGCUCAGAAAAAAACACAACAAUGGACAGCAUUUUUGAUGUUCACAUAGUUUCCGUUAAGAAAGGCUGAUUUUUUUUUUUUAAGUGUUGUUUUGAAUUUUGGAAUAUUUGGAGGAAUUGUUUUGUUGGAAAUGAAAGAGUGAGGAGUUGUGUGAAGGCUGUGUCCGAAAUCGCUCCCUGUUUACUCUAUAGUGGACUAAAUUUACUGUCUGCGAUUUUGUGUGAGUGUCUACAUGGUAAGUGUUUAAAUGUGUCCACUAUGUAGUGCCCAUUAUGUCAGAAGUAGGGAAUGAGGGAGAGAUUUCAGAGACAGCCUUAAUGCUUCAUAAUGAAGAUGCCAUCAUGACAUACUGGACCUGACUCAGCAAGCAGUGCACUCCCUCUUUCCUUAGUCAUAUGUGACUCUUGAAUACAGUGAUGGAUUUGAGACCACUUUAGUUUUUCAAGUUUGGAACAAAGUUUAAUUAUUGCUUUUGGGUUUUUGAAUCAAACCAGCACAGUACCAGGUACAAAUGGGAUGCGAGGAUGUAACUCCUGCUUUCAUGCUCACAUUGUGUACUGGAUACAUUUCUUUAACCUGGCUAGUUACAGUACAGACUGUUCUUGAUGCAGAAUUUAAGCUUGGGAGACAUCGGUCUCAGUUUUGUUGACACUUCUACUUUGACAUAGUUACUUGUCAUAGCAAAGCCCAUUUGUUCUGUAUACUGUAUGCUCAUCAACUACUAGAGCAUGCCUUGCACACAUGGUUAAAAUAAAAAUCCAAGCUGGGAACUUUUAGAAAGAAUUGUUUUAUUUCAGUUAAUGAAAAUGUACUUUGCAAUUUUGUCACUAUAA